CAACAGCACCAGGGCAGCCCCUCAGAGUGAUACUCAUCUCCAUGGAGACAUGAAGUGUCCGCAGCUCCUGUUCGUGUGUUGGUGCUCCAGCAUCCUCGCUGUGAGCAGCAGCAGCACAGCUGAUAGAUAUUCCUGUGUGAGUGCCUUCUGGAACGAAGUCGCAUGUGUGUUGAAGAUCACUGGUGAUCCUGUGGCACAGUCCAACACCAACUACAGCCUGAAGUUCACAAAUAUCAGGGACGAUAAAAGGUACACUUGUCCACUCAUCUUGAAGAAUCACACUUACAGUUGUGUCUGCACAGUCUUUGACAGAAGAGUGUUCACCUCUAGUACUACGUACAACGUGCAACUGUGUAAUGACUCCGGCUGCCGUUCACUCAUCAAGGGAUUUACACCAUCAGAAAACAUUCAGCUGACACCCCCGGAUGAAGUUGAUGUCCAACAAACACCAGAGGUUUUCAACAUCACCUGGAAAAGUAUGUAUGAAGACCAUAAGUACUUAAAUGAUUUCCUCGACUACGAAGUCCUCCUCCAGAAAUCUCCCAACAGUGAGAGCAAGACACUUCACAGGCGUGAGGAGUUUGCAUCGAUUUUACGGUUACAACUUGAAGCACAUGCUACAUACUGCACUCGAGUGAGGUCCAAUGUCAGGGGAGAAUAUAACACCAGUUGGAGUCAAUGGAGUCCACAGAUAUGCUGGAAAAACAAAGUGCAAGAGGAACAAGAAAACAUAUUGAUAACUUUGACCAAAUCUCUGGUCCCGGUGUGUGUGGUUGUGGGAGUUCUGGUAUUUGUGUUCCACAGCCCCGCUGCAAGAAUGAAGAUAAAAACUCUGUCCCACACGCCGUCGCCCGCUCCUUUCUUUCAACCUCUGUUUCAGCAACAUGAAGGAAACCUCAAGGAAUGGCUCUCACCUCAAGGUAAAUACGCACUAGUGUACAAAACUGACGAGAUCUUGAUAAACGAUGCUGUGACUGUUGAACCAAAACCCAAAACCAAGGACCCAGAGGAGAACCAGGACCUCCACAUCACUGCAGCUACACAACUGACAUUCCCUCAAUGUCAAACCUCCUACGUUGGCUUGCCUGGGAUGCACGUGGCGCCCCAGCCGAUAACCACGGUCCAUCCUGCAGGGGACACUUCUUACACUCGGCUCCCUGGAUCUGUCUGGGGCUGCAGCAUAGGGGAAGUACCAGUAACGCCGUUGCCGCCUCAAGACGUCUUCGAGAGCAGCUGCACUGACUCUGGUUGCAGCUGCGACGAUCUGACCCCAAGCCCAGAGUGCAGUUUACCCAACAGUCCUGUUGAAGCCAGUUCGCCGCCACGUUACUGUAAAGAUUACUGCAUCCUCAACAAAACAGCAGAGGGUGUGGUUCCUGUUUUAGUGUGCAAAUGAACGAAGAGCACAUAUAUAUUCCAUCUGAUUCCCAGCAUGAGGACGAGAGCUAAAAAAUGUUAAAACCUGUUCACUGGUGGCACGGAUCACAGCGGCUGGUUGUUUCAGGGGAGGGUCAGAAUCAGGCUGUUAUGCAUAUGCCCAAACUAUGUUGUAUUUGCCUUGUUUGUAUUUUAUGUCCAGUUAUACUUUCUGGGCAUUCCUUUCACAUUGAAGCUGAUAACUCUGAACUCUGACAUCUUGUCCAGGGGCCGAGGGUUUAUAGAGCAAGGAUGACAGGAGGCAAAGGCGGGGACCACCUAGAAAAGUGUGGAAUCAACACCGAUGCUCAGUGUCGACUCACCAGACCAUCGGCCACAUCUUCUGUGGGAGCCCACUGGUCCCAUUUGCUUUGACACCUGAAGGAGACAAACAACUGGCGCGAUAAGACAUGAUGAUGAUGAUGAUGACUUGUUUGGGUUUUUUUGGCUUGAGAAAAAUGCUUGUAGAUAAUUGCCGGGUCGUCCUCCACCUUCCAAUUAUUGAAAUGUUGAUGAAAGCUACGAGUGUUUUUCUUUAGGGAGGGCAAAAGGCGCUGCUCUUAAAAUAAAGGGGAUGAAUCAAAUGCUCAUGCUGUGCUGUACAGUUUUUCCUUCAGGGGAUCAAUAAAGAACGAUUCAAACACA